AUGUUUCUUUACUUUUUCUGCCUCAUUCUUUUUCAUCAUCCACUUCUAACUAAUCAGUUUAGCCCCGAUUUAAAUGAUUAUGAUGCGUAUGGCAUUAAAUUAGUGGUAAACGAUGAGCAAACGAUUUAUGUUGAUAAUGCAGUAAAAGCCAUUGAAGUUGGAUUUGAUGCCUAUACCAAGAAUGGUACAUUUUGUACUGUCCCUUUUAUUAGUCAAACAAAUUAUGUUUAUAGUAUAGCAGCUGGAAAAAAACAAAAUGCUAGUCAGUUAUAUUUUGUUCAUAUUGGAGAAGAUAUUGUAAGUGGAAAUCAGACUGUAGGUGUAAUCGAAUGUUAUAGGACAUGUAUGAGUGAACAUUUUGCUGUUGUAGCUGGAUAUGCUUUUACUUUUGAGCUUACUGAGUAUGUCCCUACGGCUUGGCUUAUCUAUUUGGAUCAUCUAACACUUAAUUUUACAUUAAUAAGCUCUGUAUUACUAAUAAAUAUCAGUGAACAGAAUCAAGUUCUGAUCGGUAUACCAAUAUUCGAUACGGUAGUACUAUUGUCUGCUAAUACGACCAAUUUAACUAUCCUUGAAACUAUAAGUCGAUUUAAUAGUUAUACGGGUUUUGGUAAAUCCGUAGCGUGGAUUGAUAAUACAACAGUAGCCAUUCUUGCUUAUUCUCUGGCAAAUCCACCUUGGUCAGCGUCUACCGUGCAAGUAUACAAUAUUGAAUAUUCUUCCACUUCGCCCAUUUUUGUCUUUCCUAACAAUCAACAAACCACCGUUUCUUCUUCUUAUUUAUCGGUAAAUCCGAGUUUUCUUCUUAUCAGUUCUUGGUCGUCAAGCAUAGUUAUUUUAGACAAUACGGGUAGGGCGUUGGUCAUUCUGUCUAGUCCACCCGGAUACUAUAGUGGCAGCACUUUCAGUCUUUUUGGCAUUAUAUAUAUAUAUUCAUCUGUCCGCUGCUCAGCAGGAACAUUUAAGAAUAGUUCAGGUAUUGGACCGUGUAUUGUUUGUCCACAAGGAAGAAAAAAUUCAGGCGAUUCGGGCAUUCAAUGUGAUUGGUGUCAAAUAACAUCAUUUUGUCC